AUGAGUACCAGAACUGAUGGUGUUGUAAACCUCCAACGGAAAACGAUGGAGAGUGGCAAGGACAAGUAUUGCUAUGCCUCCGAGCAUUGCAGUCCAUACGGAAUUUUCAAUAGUAUAACAAAAUGCUACCGCUGCAAUGAACGCGAUGUUGAUUCCUUCAUUAUUAGCCAACAGCUGCUACCCCUCGAUAGCGGAGAAGGGUAUAACCAUGCAACUGCUAACGAAUCCGUAUGUGUACGAAAGGGUGAACACGCUUGCGGCGUUUUUUUAUGCAAAGGAAGCAUUGAUGAGUGCGUAAAUAUCAAUCAUGCAGAUCGAACAAGUGCUGCUACAUUAGCAGGAAUGGGUGAAGGAACGAGCAAAGAUGAUAGUAAACUGCUUGAUGUUAAAAAUGACAUAACUAGCUAUGCCUACCUGGGACAAAGAACAUCACGUGUGUUGCAAACAAAUGGCCGUUUGUGUCGGAGCGUAGUUUAUACUUCAAGCGAGACGCCAACAAAUAGGACAUACAAUCCAAGUGUAAACUCUGAUGAGAAGAACAAAGUGCAAAACGACCUUUACGUUUAUGCUGAGGAAUGUCGCCCACAGGGAGAAACGCCAGAAGGCACCACAACACGAGAACCAAGUACCACGCGAAGCAGUCUUAAUACUUCUCUAACGGAAAAUAAACCGUUUAACUACACACGUAAGGAGGACCAUCUACAACGGGUGGACAAUACGAGUAGCAUAUAUCACCCCGACGAUGAGCGCAUCUAUGUCUAUGAUAACCUAACAGCGCAUAAUGGUGCAAGAGAUGAGUUAACACUGAAAAAAAUGAAAACAACGAUCCAGAUUGGUGAUAUGUUAAAGGGUGUUUCUAAAUCUGAAUACUUAGCGAAGCAUUCAGGAUCAUUUCGCAGCUCUCAAAUUGAAGAACAAGAUGCAGCGUCACCAUCCGUGGUGGAUAAGCAACUUACAAGGCAUAAAGAGUACAACAGUAAUAAUGACAACAAUUGGAGCACCUGUACAGAUGGAGAAGUAAUAGCAAAAGUAUGCAAGAAGCAAGAAAGUUCUUCUAUGAUUUAUUUUACCACAGAAGGAACAAAAGUACAACCAAAGCUCUUCGACAAUUAUAGUCAAACAGUUGGAAAGAAAAAAAAAAUUGUAAAUAUGAAGAGGAGACUAAAAAUUGGUCUAAAAGGAAGAAGAAAGAAAAAAACUAAAAAUGUCUUUUUGAAGAAAAAGCCAUUGAAAGGGAACAAACUUCGUGUUAGUAAAAGAAAAAAAAUGAAAGCGACCUCCACGAGAAAGAAAAUCCCAAUGAGUAAAGAAAAAAAGAGCUAUGCACAUAGGAGAAAUAAAAAAAGGAAUACGUUGGGCUCGAAAAAUGCUAAGGAUUGUGCUUCAUUAAAAUUUGCAAUUGUGAAGAGAGACAAAAAGGUUUCAUCAGAUAUGCGAAAAGGGGCUAAUGAGCACUUGGCUCAACUGAUUUAUUCCAAGCUGCAGGACAAGAACGGGAAAAAUAAGCAAAGAGAAAUUGAGCUCCCGAUUCUGAGUCAGACAAAGUUUGCCAAGAGAAAAUCACACACAAUUAGGAAAAAAGUAAAAAAGGGAAAAGAAGUGAAAAGUGAAAAAAAUGUCCAAGAAGUAGCGAAAAAUAGUAUAGAGCUGGAUGAAGCUACAAAAUUGAUAACCCAAGAUCAUAUGCAAAUGGAUGUUGUUGAACAGGCGUCUAUGCUAAAUGGCGAAGUGAAUUGCGAAGUUAAUUCAGAUGAGGUAUGCAUGGUACCGGGAAAAGAUUCAAACGUUUUUCCUGCUUCUAAAAUGGCCACCAAAAGUGUUGAGAGUGGCGCGUACUAUUUUUGCCUGAGUGAUGAUGUGAGUAACUCCUCCUACAGAUCAUUCCUUGUUGACAACCACAGUUUGGAGUUUUUAAAAAUCACGGACUAUUCUGACCGUACAGAUGGUGUGCAUGGAAUAGGUAUGGAGGAAGUGCAAGCGGAAGAGGAAGAACAAGGGAACAGGGAUAUGGCUACAAGGGGAAAGGAAAACCUGGGUAGUAGUAACCCAGAAAAUGGUACCAAUUUGGAAGCCCGCGAGAAAGGGGGCGCCACCAGGGUGGAUGUCACGAACGUAAAUGAUGGACUAGAAAAAAAGGGGGAAAGAAGUACCAAAAAAAGUUUCAAUGGUCACAAUGGCGAUUGCAAUUUCUUCUCUACUGGUGAGAUAAGCGCAGAAGAAGUGACGUGCAUAUGUGGAGGCGAAUACACCACCUUGGACGACAACGAAGAGAGAUUGACAUUUGCAGUUCUCAGGAAGGUUGCUAACUUUCUUGGAGGCGAAAGUGGAGACGUACAAUCAGGUGAAAUACUAAAAGAGGACACAAACAGUUUUUGCAUACACAGGGAAGGACAAAGAGUAGACCAAUUAACAAGUAAUCCCCCAAUUGACAAACCUCGGGAUGAUGGUCUUUUUUGCGAAAUGGUGACAAGCACAAGCGGGGUAAGAAGCAGGAGUGAUGAUACCUUUUUCGAAAAAGCGAUUCUCAAUACAGAUGCGGAGAAGACAGAACUGAUGGAUACGUGCAAGUAUAGGCAAUCGUGUCAAAAGGACAAAAACCUGUUUCUGCUUCACUCGAACUUGUUGAAGCAGCGCUCCUUCUUCCAUCAAAAUGGGACAUUCGAAAAUGAAGUAAUGUAUAUGCUAAGCAGCUUAACAUUUUAUUCUCACAAAUUGAAGAAUCUACUCAACUAUGCCAUAGGGAGAUGUCCAAAUGGGGAUGUCAUACAGGUUAAGUUACUUAUACUCUGUUUGAUCAAUUUAGUCGAAAAGGCAAAGAGGAGUGAUGGGCCUGCUGUAUGCCUUAAGAGGGCUUCAAUUUUAAUGCAUGAAUUAUUGGGGCGGGUUCGCUACAGUGUGUUGAGCCUCUCCAAGAAUGAGGAAGUCACUAAAUUUGAGCAGGUGAUUAUGAAAACAUACCUUAUAGAGUUGAUUAAAUUAUGCAGGUUAUUGUUAACAACACUAGGAGGGAUAAAAAAUCGUUCUGGUUUAUCAUCUGCAGGAGAUUUUUCACCCCAUAAAUGGGCAGCAUCAGCGGGGGGAAAAGUACCCAAAAUGAGCAUAUUGAAGACCUCUCUUGGGAAGCACCUCGUUCAUAAUUCGGAAGACAAAAAAGUUUUCAAACCACAGGAUAAUGAUAAUGAAGACACCACCGAUCAUGUGAAGGGAAAAGGAUCAGGGGUGGUGGUCCAUUCCUUCGAUGGGCACAUAACGCAAAUGAGCAAUCUCACUAACGAGGUUGUGGCUUCUCAGAGUGACUACCCCAGGCACUGUGACACUUACGAGCUAAUGAAGGGGCUGAAAAAAAAAUUACUACUCCUAGAACAGAACAGUAAAAACAGCUUUUGCAAUUUAAGGCUAAUGUUGAAACAUCUGGACAAGUUGAGUUACAUUUAUGGAGUGAACUCUGAGCUCCGUGAUGACCCCACAGGGGGGAAGAUCCCGCCUGAUCAACUGGCCGACAAAAUGACCAACCAAAUGGAUGACCAAAUUAGACGCAUGGUAAAAAAUGUAGAAGAAAACAUAACCGCCUGGACGAAGGGGAAUGAAGCCAUUUUCGACAUACGGACUUUAUACUCUAUAAAAAGUGUGCAAAGGAAAAUGGAGAAAAAUGUAUCUGCCCUUUUUGAGCAGUUAUCAGGGAAGGAUUCCAAUGGGGGAGGGUCCAUUGGCCUUUCUCCUAGAGUACCUAAGCGAAACGAGAGUGUUGAGCCAGAAGUGGAAAAAAUGGCAUAUGCUGAAACGAACAGUGUGCUACACGCAUGUCAUAGUAAUCAAAUGAGAGAUCUACAUAAGGGUGGCCAGAAGGAAACCUUCCUUAACAACCCUGUGCUCAACUACCACGACGAAACAGAGCAUCUGGAACGGCUGAAUGAAUGCCUAAAUGAGGUUAUAUUGAGCAAGAAGGAGGAGCUAACCACAAACCCGAAUGGUCAGUACGCCAUAUUGAAGGAGUACAAAGAAGAGUUGUCCUUAUUGAAUGACCUUCGAAAUGGUGAAAAUGCUCUAGUGAAUGAUUUCCUAGACCACAUGCCCAGCUCCAAAUUUACUAAAAUGUUAGAUGCGUAUGUCAGGGGAGCAAGUUCAUCGCUACACCAAAACGUAGAAUUGUGCAGGAGAAAUUCCCUCCAAUUCAACAUCCCCCAUGAGAGUAACAAUAGUGUGGAAAACAUUUUUUAG